AUGUCUACAGUCAAUGCAGGGGCUGAAGCACCUUGCAAUGUACCCACAGUACACAGAAUGACCCAUUACAAACUGAAGAAAUUACACAAGCCUAGGGGGCCUGGUAAUGGUGAUAAAAAACAGUCAUGCUGGGGUUGUGGUGGUAAAUGGCCUCAUGACAAAAAGGAGAAAUGUCCAGCUUGGGGAAAAGAAUGCAGAAAAUGUCAUAAGCAGAAUCAUUUUGCUAAAUAUUGCAAGUCACAAGGGAGAACAGAAAAUAAUUUUAUUUCUACUGAACCAACCACAGUCUACUCAUAUGGGCAGGAAACAUAUAACGUUGACCUGUAUAGAACUGCAUCAAGUAUUUCCAAAACACAGCCAUAUAGAUACAACCUUCAACUGAAUGGGGUACCGACAACCAUGGAAAUUGAUACGGGGGCAGCAGUAAGUUUGAUAAGUGAGCAGCAGUUUAAGAAACUGAAAGUUGGUCAGCAAGCAUUACAACUACACACUGAGGGACUACCCAGAUUGAGAACAUAUGCAGGAAAUUGCAUUAACCCCUUAGGUCAGACAGAACUGGAGGCACGUGAAGCAGAUACCAUACAUAAAUUAAAAGUAUUGGUUGUACCAGGUAAUGGUCCAAACUUGAUAGGCAGAGACUGGUUAGAAAUAAUCAAACUAGACUGGCCACAAGUUUUUCAUCUUGAUGGAGAGUCAUGGAUUAGUAAACAUCCAAAAUUGUUCGAACCAGGAUUGGGAACCCUGAAAGACACUACCAUCAAGCUGCAUGUUAAUCCUGAGAUAACACCGAGAUAUAUGAAAGCACGUACUGUACCAUUUGCCCUCCGAGAUAAAGUAGAUAAAGAGAUUGAUCGCUUAGAAAAGGAAGGAGUCAUUAGACCCGUAUCUUACUCAGAUUGGGCUUCACCAGUUGUAUCGGUACUUAAAGCAACAGGUGAUGUUCGCAUAUGUGGUGACUACAAACAAACUUUAAACAAAGCCUUAUGUGUUGACAGAUACCCAAUACCCAAUGUUGAAGAUUUGUAUGCAAAGCUUGCUGGGGGUAAAUUCUUCACUAAGUUAGAUUUGAGUCAUGCUUAUCAGCAAUUGCUAUUAGAUGAGGAGUCACAGAACUUGACAGCCAUCAAUACUAACAAAGGUAUAUAUGCAUACACACGUUUACCCUACGGUAUAUCAGCAGCACCAGGUAUUUUCCAGAGAACCAUGGAACAGACAGUCCAAGGCAUAUCAAUGACAGCAGUUUAUAUCGAUGAUAUACUGGUUUCUGGACUUACCGAAAAAGAGCAUGAAGAGAAUUUAGAUGAAUUUUUGGAUCGCUUAGACAAAGCUGGACUCAAACUAAAACGAGACAAGUGUGUGUUUAAGAAACCAUCAGUCACUUACCUAGGACAUUGCAUUGAUGCUACUGGUAUUCGUCCUACAGAAGAAAAGGUGGCAGUCAUACAGAAAGCUCCAGCGCCUCAGAACAGAGAAGAGCUUAAAAGUUAUUUAGGUCUCUUAAAUUACUAUCAUAGGUUCUUGAAGAAUCUUAGCACUGUUUUGGCACCACUGUAUCAACUUGGACAACAGAACACCAAGUGGCAGUGGGGGAAAAGUCAGCAGGAAGCAUUCAGCAAAUCAAAGGAACUAUUACAGUCGUCUCAACUGUUAGUACACUAUGAUAGUGGUUUGAAACUAACCUUGGAUUGUGAUGCUUCUCCAUAUGGCAUUGGAGCAGUACUUUCCCAUAGAAUGCCAAAUGGAAUGGAACAGCCCAUAGCUUUUGCCUCUCGCACACUAGCACCUGCAGAGAAGCGAUAUGCCCAGAUAGAACGUGAAGGACUAGCAAUUGUGUUUGGUGUUACCAAAUUUCAUAAGUACCUAUAUGGGCGUGAAUUUAGCAUCAAAACAGAUCAUAAGCCAUUACUUGGUCUGUUAAAGCAAGAUAAAGCUAUAUCACAGUUGGCAAGUGCCAGAAUUCAGCGAUGGGCACUUACACUAGCCAAUUAUCAAUACCAGUUAGAGUAUAAACCAGGAUCUAAUAUGGGAAAUGCAGAUGGAUUAAGUCGCUUACCCAUAAAGGAACAACCAGGCAGUGUACCUGUCCCUGAAGAGGUGGUUCUUACAUUAUCAACACUAGAUGGAUCACCAGUAACGGCUGAGCUUGUAGCAAACUGGACAGCAAGAGAUCCAGUAUUAUCACACAUCUUAAAGUGGGUAACCCAAGGUUGGCCUGAGCAGGUGGAGGAACAACUGCGACCGUAUUUUAGACGCAAACAAGAACUCUUAGUUCAGCAAGGAUGUAUUUUGUGGGGGUCGCGGGUAAUAAUUCCAGCUCGGGCUCGUGAAGCUAUCUUAGAGGAACUUCAUGAAGGUCAUCCUGGUAUAGUGCGCAUGAAAGCUUUGGCCCGAAAUUACCUAUGGUGGCCAGGGUUAGAUGCUGAAAUCGAUGACAGAGUUCGCAGUUGUACAGCAUGCCAGGAUUCUACGAAAUCCCCAACUAAAGCACCAUUACAUGCUUGGGAAUGGCCUAACCAGCCGUGGUUCCGACUGCACAUAGAUUUUGCAGGUCCAUAUGAAGGUAAAAUGAUAUUAAUCAUUGUUGAUGCUCAUAGUAAAUAUAUAGAAGCUCACGUUAUGCCGACAGCAACAUCCACAGCAACAAUCAACAAAUUGUACCAAACAUUUGCUACGCAUGGUCCACCGCACAUGAUAGUAUCAGACAAUGGUACUUGUUUCACCAGCGAAGAGUUUAGAUCCUUUUGUAAAACAAAUGGAAUAAAGCACAUCACAACAGCUCCUUACCAUCCUGCCAGUAACGGGUUAGCUGAAAGAGCUGUACAAACAGUCAAGGGAGGUCUCAGAAAGUCUUCAGGAUGUUUAGAGUCCAGAUUGUAUCGGUUUUUGGCAAGAUACAGAAUCACGCCACAGACUACCACAGGACAGAUCCCUGCAGCAUUACUUAUGCAAAGACAUCCAAGAUCAAGACUUGAUCUUGUGCAACCAUCACUUCAGACACGAGUAUUGCAUAACCAGGGAAAGAUGAAAGAGAAUUACGAUACAAAAACAAGGGAUUACACCUACUUCCUUGGGGAUUCGGUAUUUGCUAUGAAUUAUGCAGGAAAACCAAAAUGGAUACCUGGAGUAAUUGAAGAGAAGUGGGGAUCACUAACAUUCCUAGUUAGACUUCAGGAUGGAAGAGUUUGGAAAAGACAUCAAGAUCAGCUUAGAUCUAGAUCGCCAUCAGAGGAAAUUAUGCAAAGUGACCAAACUCAGAGUAAACCGAAUAUGGUACCUGUACCAACACGGAUGCCUUCUAUCUCGCCAUCAGUGCCAGUUCCUAAACAGGAUUUGUCAUCAUUGAAAAUGGAAGAACUUGUAGAGAAUGUAUCACCUCCAACUACCAACAAAUCUACUACAUUGAAAGAUGAGACAACAGAUCCUAUAAAUGAACAAUCUUCAGAAACUUCUGCCUCGGUGCCAGAAGUGCGUAGAUCUAGUCGUCAGAGGAAAUUUCCAGAUAAAUAUGAUAUGUAUGUUUAG